AUGUCUCGAGUGACCCGAUCGACCUCCCAGAAAGAAAUCAUACAGAACGAAGCAAGUAAUGAUUCUGAUGAAUCGAUGGAAGAUGAAGAAAGUACCCAUGAAAGUGUUCAAGUGACUACAUCCCGAUCUAGAGGUAAAAGUGGUUGGAUUGAAGAACAAAACCAAAUUAAAGUGAAACCUUGGAAACGUUCUAUGGUAAAAGUCGGAGAGUCCAUCUCACGAAUUGGAUAUGUACAGCUAACAUCCGAAGAACUAAAACAAUGGCAAGAGGAAAAGGAGAAGAAAGCAAAGGAGCAUGUUGUGAUACCACAUUUUCAACAAUUAGCCAUGGAGAGAGAGAGGCAACAACAACAACUUUUACAAUCUAAAUCAACCACACCACAACAAGCAACAACAACAGAAGGGAUUCCCUCCUCGGAAUUGGAUGCAAGCUCAUCAUCUGCCAAUAAGGACAUUACAAUAAAUCCCUCAAGCAAUGAGCAAACCAACCAUCAGCAGCAGGAACAGCAACAUAAAGAGGAACACUCAGACACCAUCAAAUUUUUGAAAAAAUUUGUUGAAAAAAAAUACGCCACAAAAACUAUCAUGCCAGGUAAAAGAGUUAGAAAGGAGAACCCAAACAAGGAGAAGUCUUUGGCUUCUUUGGCCCAAUCCGUGCCAAGAUUGAGCCCAAAUGCUUUGUUCUGGAAGAAGGGUACUUUUGCCUAUGUCAAGAGUGCUGAUAAGAGAACCAAGAAGGUUGUUAAACAACAAAAGAUCAAGGUCGUCAAAAAUAAGCAAAAGGUCGAAGUUGCUGAUGACAGAAUUGCUAACAACUUCUCUCUCUCCACUGUCAGAACAAAGAGCACCAAGGUUCAAAAGCCAACCAAACUCAGAGCAUCCAUCACACCAGGUACAGUCUUGAUCUUGUUGGCUGGUAAAUACUCUGGUAAGAGAGUUGUCUUCUUGAAGCAAUUGCCAUCAGGUCUCUUGUUGGUUACUGGACCAUAUCAAUUCAACGGUGUCCCAUUGAGAAGAGUCAAUCAAAGAUAUGUUAUUGCCACAUCUACUAAGGUUGAUGUCUCUGGUGUCAAUGUCCCAGAAUCAGUCACCGAUGCCACUUUUGCUAAGGAACACAAGACAAGAAUGGACGAAACUGGAAAGAAGUCCUGGUUCAGAGCCGGAAAGAACGGAGCUAUUUCAGAAGAGAAUAAGAAGGUCUUUGAUGCUGUUGAUCAACAAGUUGUAGCUGCCGUCAGCAAGGUUGAAUUGUUGAAGGAAUACCUCCAAACUCCUUUCAGACUUCACAACGGUGACAAGCCACACGAAAUGAAGUUUUAA